AUGGUCACUCUAAUGUACGAUUUGUCACGUAGAAUCAUCGUCUUUAAUGAACUAAUCCGGAGAAAUAUUUUCAGAGUUUAGUUGGGAAAUUCGUGAAGAAAAUACAAUAGUGGUUUGACUAAAAACGUUCUGUGAUAAAAUUCAUUAUAACGGAACGAUCCGACGAUGACGGAACAGCAGAUGGACUGUGCAUUAGAUUUAAUGAGAAGACUUCCGCCACAGCAGAUCGAGAAAAAUUUAAUAGAUUUGAUUGACCUCGCUCCAGCCUUAUGCGAAGAUUUAUUGACAUCUGUCGAUCAACCAUUAAAAAUAGCUAAAGAUAAAGAAACUGGUAAAGACUACUUGCUGUGCGAUUACAACCGUGAUGGUGACUCAUAUAGAUCCCCGUGGUCUAAUACCUAUGAUCCACCGUUAGAGGACGGAUCCAUGCCAUCUGAACGUCUUCGUAAAUUGGAAAUCGAAGCAAAUCACGCUUUUGAUCAAUAUCGUGAAAUGUACUAUGAAGGUGGCGUGUCAUCUGCAUAUUUGUGGGAUUUGGAUCACGGCUUUGCUGGUGUGAUCUUAAUUAAAAAAGCUGGAGAAGGAAAUUUGAAAACAAAAGGAUGUUGGGAUUCUAUACACGUUGUUGAAGUUCAGGAGAAAAGCUCUGGCAGAACAGCGCAUUAUAAAUUAACUUCGACUGCAAUGUUAUGGUUGCAGACGCAUAAGCAAUCAUCCGGAACAAUCAAUCUUGGUGGAAGCUUGACUAGACAGGUCGAGCAGGAUGCACCUGUAAGUGAGAGUAGUCCACAUAUUGCUAAUAUUGGCCGCAUUGUGGAAGACAUGGAAAAUAAGAUUCGCAACACAUUGAAUGAGAUAUACUUUGGUAAAACAAAGGACAUUGUAAAUGGAUUAAGAAGUAUUCCAUCAUUGGCCGAUACUAAUCAACAAGCUGCAAUGAAAAAGGAUUUAGCCGCUGCGCUGCUUCGGCGAACUGGAAAAGGAGAAAACUGAAAGAAAUAUGACACAAUCUGUGUUCUGAUGCUGUUGCUGUUGUACGUUCAACAAAUCUGAUUCAAUCCUCUACUAUAGCAGAACAGAAAACUGGGAAAGUUUAUUACUGAUUACAGAUAAUGAUGUUUGUAAUGCUAAUAAUAGUGAAUAAAAAUUAUUUUAAUGGUGUUAAGAACUACA